AUGGAGCUGAACGGUCUACUCACACAUAUCAGCAGGGAUGGAAAAAACCCAGUGAAGGACAAACAUGGUGUCAACUGCAACAAUGGGUUUUGGAAUGAGAAGAGCGUAAUAGAGCAAUGUGGGUUUUGGGGGCUACCAUCUUUCAUCAACCAUUCGUGUUUUCCAAAUGCUAAACGUAUGGUGGUUGGAAAAGCAAUGUUCAUUAUAGCUGUGAGAAGAAUUGCUGCAGAUGAGGAAAUAACUGUUCCUUACACCAGAAGCCUUUAUCCACUAGUGGAACGCGAGCGCGGUUUGACACCAUUGGGGUUUCACUGUGUGUGUAAGCGGUGUGUUUUGGAGCGGUCUCUUGGUCCAUCUUUCCGAAAACUGAGUCAUACUAUCAACAAUUACUUACAGUCCCUGACAAAGCCAACGAAUAUCUCAUCCAGAAACUUGCAGUCCAUGGAGGGAUUCGCUCUGCAGUUGGAGAAUAUUGAGGCCCAGGAUGAAGUGAAGCAACUCAUACGCGCUUCAUUCUAUUGUCUCUACAAAUUUGUUUUUUCUGUUGCCAAAGUAUAUACUGAUUUUCGUGUGUUGUCACAGUCGCUUCCUACAAUAAUGGAAGUGGCAGAGGCAUUGCGGCAUGCUGAACCAGGUUGCGACGCCUCCCUAAAGAUGUUUCAGAUGCUUCUAGAGGAAGCGCAUGGAAAACAGAGGGAUUUACUUGUUCAGAAAGCAAUGGAACACAGCAUAGCGAUAAUUGGAAAACAGAAAGAUAAUGUCCUUAAAGCUUUCUUGGUGUCAAAGUUUGAUGCAUGUAUCCCAACCGUCAGGACCUGGAAUCCAUGUGAGGUGUACUCUACAAUAAACAUAUAG